AUGCCGGCAGCAGCAGCAGCGAUCUUCCUCCUCCUUGCUCGGUCGAGACAGCAGCCAAGAAUGGAGGUGGAAGCUGGAAAUGGAAGCUUGAAGAUUGGGUGUGAAUGGCUGAGGAUGGAAGGCUGUAAGCUAGAGGAGAAUUGCUAUCGAAGGGAUCCUUCCCUGCGGCCUGUGAAGGUGGGGCGGAAUUCCUUGAAACUUCAGGAGACUACUGCGCCUGUCACGAGGUUGGACAAGGGUAAAGCUAAGCAGGGGGAGUUGCGGUCUACGCCUGGAAAGAUUGCAGCGACGUCAGGUGUCGCUGGGGCAGAGACUGCUGUGCCGGCACCAGUCCAGCAGCAGUUGUUGAUCCAGGGACAUGGGGGGACAACUGCCUGUGCGAUGAAUUCCAGGGGGAUGGCGGCAAUGAAGGGGUUGGUGCCAGCAGCGCCUGGGCAGCAGGUAGGGGAGGCUGAAGUGGAGGUUGGUACUGUCUCUGAUCCUUUGGAGAUUUUGGAGGAUGAGGGGAUGGAGCAGGAGGUGGGGCAUGCGGAUACUGUUGUGGAUGGUACGCAUCAGGGACAUGGGAGGGAAACUGCAUGUGCUAUGAAUUCCAGGGGGGUGGCGGCAAUGAAGGGGUUGGUGCCAGCAGCGCCUGGGCAGCAGGUUGGGGAGGCUGAAGUGGAGGUUGAUAUUGUCUCUGAUCCUUUGGAGGAUUUGGAGGAUGAGGGGAUGGAGCAGGAGGUGGGCAUGCGGAUGCUGUUGUGGAUGGAGCAGCAGAGUGAUGUAGAAUUGGGUGGUAGGUUGGAGAUUAUUUUACCGCGUGCUUUUGUUGCUGAUGUGCGUGGGGGUGGUGUGGAGGGGAGCAAUCCAGCUGGUGUUGAGGCACGGCCAAUUGCACUUGUGGGAGAUCAGAGGGUGGAGUCCAGCAGUGAUGAGGACGUUUCCCUAUCCCCACGAUUUGCUACGGAGCUGGUGCGAGUCCAGGAUGAAACUUUAGUGCCCACAGCUGGAGUUCUUGACAGUUCGGUGGCGGCUUUGAGAAACAAACAAAAAGGCUUGGUGGUUGGAGAGAGUCCCCAGCAUGUGUCAGUGCGCCUUUCUCACGAUCAUGUGCCGGGCUCCCACCUUGUUGUCUCCUUUGUGCAUGCGCGGUGUACUCCUGUGGAGAGGUGUGAGCUAUGGGAGGGUUUAAUGCGGGAUAACCCGGGUUCCGCUGCAUGGAUUGUGGGUGGGGAUUUCAAUGUAAUUUUAGAUGCUGAGGAGAAGAAAGGGGGUCGGGCUUUUACUCCUGGUGAAGCUAUGGAGUUUAGACAGUUUAUCAAUGAGGCGAAUCUCACGGAUGUCGGUUUCUCAGGGGCUCGAUUUACCUGGUGUAACAAUAGACAUGGCAGGGCAAGAAUUUGGAAAAGAUUGGAUCGUAUUUUAGUGAAUGAGGGUUUUUUUGACACAGGGAUGUCAUUGGCGGUGUCGCACUUAGCCCGGGAGUCGUCAGACCAUGCUCCGCUCCUUCUUUCACUGUCAACCAGGCUGGACACUAAGCCGCGGUCGUUCAGGUUCCUUAAUGUCUGGAAGAGGCAUGAGGAUUUCUUGCCUAUGGUUCAGGCUUCUUGGGAGCAGCCCUGCGCUGGUUCCCCUUUGCAAGUUCUUUGUUGCAAAUUAAAACGGCUGAGGGGCACUAUACGGGAUUGGAGUAGGAGGGUUUUUGGGGAUAUCUUUCAGACAGUUAGGAAUAAGGAAGAGGAAGUACGGCUGGCGGAGGUCCGUGUAGAAAGUGAUGAUUCAGAUGCUGCUAGGGUGCAUCUACAUCUUGCCAAAGGUCAGUUGCAGGCGGCCUUGAGAGUGGAGGAGUUGUUUUGGAAGCAGAAGGCUCGGGUUAGAAGGGUACGCUCGAUCAUUCACAGGAUUAGAAAUGGCCAAGGGGAGUGGGUGGAAUCGGACGAGGGGAUUGGAGCAGAGGCAGUUCGGUAUUUCGAGGGGUUGUUUACAGCUCAGCGUCCACCAUCUUCCUCUGAAUUGCUUCAGCAUAUUCCAACACUUUUGACUGAUGAGGAGAAUGAUUUGCUGGAGCAGUUUCCCUCUGAGAUGGAGAUUCGAAGUGCGGUGUUCGCAAUGGAUGGGGAGAGUGCACCGGGGCCGGAUGGUUAUACGGGUAAAUUCUUUAUGGUAGCAUGGUCAGUUGUUGGUGCGGAUGUGGUUAGCGCAGUUCGUAGUUUUUUCUGCGGUGCUGAGUUGCCUCGUGCUGUUACAGCGACUUCCAUUGCGCUCAUUCCUAAGGUGGGGCACCCACAGGAUUUUUCACAAUUCCGGCCGAUUAGUUUGUGUAACUUUGUUAACAAGUUAAUUUCGCGAGUUUUGGCCGAUCGCUUGGCCCAAGUCCUUCCAAAGAUCAUAUCCCCACAGCAGAGUGGAUUUGUUCGGGGGAGGCUUAUAUCGGAUAAUUUCUUGCUUGCACAAGGGUUGCUUUCUAAUAUGGGGAGGACCUCCAGAAAUGCCGAUGUUGCUCUGAAGUUAGAUAUGGCAAAGGCUUAUGAUCGUGUUUCAUGGAUCUUUUUGACAAUGGUCUUGAGAAGAUUUGGGUUUAGGGAGCAAUGGAUUGAUAGGAUUUGGAGAUUGGUCUCGAAUGUGUGGUUUUCGGUUCUAAUAAACGGGGCCAGUGUGGGUUUCUUUAAGUCUACGCGAGGGCUUCGUCAAGGGGACCCAUUAUCUCCAGGUUUGUUUAUUAUUGGCACGGAGGUGUUGUCCCGUUCUUUAAACAAGUUAGUGGAGCAUCGGGGUUUCAAGUGCUUUUCUGUUCCGCGGGGCAGUCCUAAGAUCACUCAUCUCAGUUACGCAGAUGACGUCCUGGUUUUUUUAGGUGCUUCAUCCUCUUCGCUGAGAUGUGUUAUGCAGACAAUUGAGAAUUAUGAAGCAGUUUCGGGACACGAGAUUAAUGUUCAGAAGUGUGGGUUCAUGGUGCAUGCUAAACUGCCUAGGCAAUGUGUGGCAAGGGUUCGACGGGUAACUGGGUUUGGUCUUAAGUCGUUUCCUGUGCGUUACUUGGGAUGUCCGCUUUUUGUGGGGCGCCGGAAGUGCCUAUACUUCAUGGAGCUGGUACAGUCAAUCAUUUCUAAAGUUUCAUCAUGGAGUUCUAGAUUUCUGUCCAAUGGGGGUCGGAUUGUACUCAUCAAACACGUACUGUCAGCAAUUCCAAUUCAUUUAUUGGUAGCUUCGUGUCCUCCAAAGGGAGUCCUAGCCUUGGUUGAACGGGCUAUGGCAAAUUUUCUCUGGGGGGAACGUGAAGGUGGCCUCCGACAUCAUUGGAUCAAGUGGGCAGACCUCUGUGCCGACUCAUCACAAGGGGGGGUUGGUGUUCGGUCGUUACUGGAUGUUUAUACAGCAUUCUCGCUCAAAUUGUGGCGGCGGUUUCGUACGGUUAGGGAUUUCGUAUUGAAUGGAAGGUGGAAUCAACAGUUGCUGCGGCUUUGGGUUCCUAAUGACAUUGUCUCAGAGAUAGUUACUAAAGUUGCCCCAGUGGGGUCCGCGGAGGAUCGUGCGGUGUGGGCCUUGACGGAGUCAGGGGAUUUCUCCAUUGCUUCCACAUACGCGCUGGUUGGUAGCCAGACCCCCUCGUCUUUCAUGUUUGAUAGGGUUUGGCACUCUGUAAUCCCAAUCAAGAUAUCUUUCUUCAUGGUAAGGCUCCUGCGAGAUCGGUUACCGAUGGCGUCGUCACUAGGAAGAUUGCAAGUGUAUGGUCCAUCCAAGUGUUUUUGCUGUUUGGCCUCGCAAUCUGAAUCAUUGGAGCACGUCUUUGCGGAAGGUGAGCUAGCUCAAUUUUUGUGGACCUUUUUUUGGAAAUGGCGCUGGAGUGAGCUCCUGCGGCGACAGACCAUUUGUGAUCGUAUCCUGGCAGAUGUCGUAGGGCUAUUUCCCAGAAAGUUUGUAGGUGAGUUUACUGGGGUUGGCUCCUGGCCGGAGGUCUACUCCAACAUAUUUGGGUGGAGGCCUCGAUAUACCCAUAGAGUUGUUUGUUGGAAAUUUCUAGCCCAGGGGGUUUUCAAGUUAAAUACCGAUGGGUGUUCGCUUGGCAAUCCGGGCGUUAGUGGCGGGGGUGGUGUGCUUAGGGACUCUUCUGGUGCUUUGUUGUUUGGAUUUUCUGUUCCGUUUGGGGAGCUGACUUGUCUUCAAGUGGAGAUAAAGGCUUUGGUGUUUGGGAUUCAGCAAUGCUGUCUUCGGGGAUUCUCGCGGAUUCGGGUAGAGGUGGACUCUCUUGUGUUAGUCAACCUACUGGUAAGACGAUGGAGGUGUCCGUGGUUAGUGCGGUCAGAUCUGGAGGCGUUACUGGCAAUGCAGGGUGUGGAGUGGACGGUGGGGCAUUGUUAUCGGGAAAUGAAUCAAGUGGCGGAUGCCUUAGCCAAGGUGGGGGCACAGUCUGAGGGGAUUAUUUUGUAUACGUCACAGUCUGAGUUGCCAAGAUUGGCAAGGGGGGCCUUAGGGUUAGAUAGGUCGCAGACUCCUGCUAUUCGUUCUCGAGCUGUUUCUCACUGA